AUAAUAGCGCAGGUGAGAAGGAGAAGAGGACUCCCAAAGCCAAUCAGUACUACAGGAACUCAGAUUUCCUUCUAGCUAAAGAUAAAUUCCCACCUGCAGACUCUCACAGUCAUAAGAAGUCCAAGUCCAAUGGAAACAAGGUGACCAUGGUUGAUAGCAAGCUCUUUAGUCAAGCUUUCAAAAGUUGUGCCUCUCUGCUCUCAAAGCUCAUGAAGCAUAAACACGGGUGGGUGUUUAAUACUCCAGUUGACGUUAAAGCACUAGGAUUGCACGAUUAUUAUACCAUCAUUAAGCAGCCGAUGGAUCUUGGUACUGUGAAGUCUAGGCUCAGCAAGAAUUGGUACAAGACCCCAGAAGAGUUCGCAGAGGAUGUGAGGUUGACAUUUAGGAAUGCGAUGACUUACAAUCCCAAAGGCCAGGAUGUGCAUAUUAUGGCCGAGCAGCUAUUGCAGAUGUUUGAGGAGCGGUGGCCAGCGAUAGAGGCUGAGUACACUUACCUCAUGUCUCCUAUUAUUUUGAGGACAAAAGCACCGCCUAUUGAUACAAAGAAGCCACCGCCUGUUUCAUCUAAGAACCCACCGCCUAUUGAUACAAAGAGAGUUCUUGAGAGAUCAGAUUCAACGGUUCCUCCAAUGUCAGUAGACUUGAAAACAAAGCCAGUUAGUUAUACCCCACAUGUUGGAAGGCCUCCAGCGCUUAAGAAGCCAAAGGCUAAAGACCCUCAUAAGAGGGAUAUGACGUUUGAAGAGAAGCAAAAGCUGAGCAAUAAUUUGCAAAAUCUUCCUCCAGAGAAACUGGAUAAUGUGGUGCAGAUUAUCAAGAAGAGGAACUCAUCACUGAGUCAGCAUGAUGAUGAGAUUGAGGUAGAUAUAGAUAGUGUUGAUACUGAGACUCUUUGGGAGCUGGAUAGGUUUGUUACCAAUUAUAAGAAGAGUCUAAGCAAGAACAAGAGGAAGCCAAAGCUUGGUGAGCUUGCACUUCAAUUUACAUUUUCCUCAUUUGAGCAGAAUUCUGAUGCUGUAGUUGCAGAAGUGCCAACAGAGAGCAGGACAGUGGUUGAUGAAAAGCACGCGGCUUCCUCUCCACUACAAGCAGGUGAAAAGAAGGGAGAUAAUGCAAGUAGGGGAUUCCAUGUUUUGCUCAAAUAUGUGCCUGGUAUCAGUUUCAGAACUGAUAACGAACCUUUCAAGGAAAUGCAGAACUUCACCCAGAAGAUCGUUGGAAUGAUGAAAUCAGAAAAUAUAUUCCAAUGGCAGGGUGACACUAUUAUCGUAUCUCAGAACGGGAUCAUGAGGCUCCAGCAAAGGCUUAUGCAGGUUGGGCAGCUGUCUCCACGGCCACCGCCUGUUUCAUCUAAGAAGCCACCGCCUAUUGAUACAAAGAGAGUUCUUGAAAGAUCAGAUUCAACGGUUCCUCCAAUGUCAGUAGACUUGAAAACGAAGCCAGUUAGUUAUACCCCACAUGUUGGAAGGCCUCCAGCGCUUAAGAAGCCAAAGGCUAAAGACCCUCAUAAGAGGGAUAUGACGUUUGAAGAGAAGCAAAAGCUGAGCAAUAAUUUGCAAAAUCUUCCUCCAGAGAAACUGGAUAAUGUGGUGCAGAUUAUCAAGAAGAGGAACUCAUCACUGAGUCAGCAUGAUGAUGAGAUUGAGGUAGAUAUAGAUAGUGUUGAUACUGAGACUCUUUGGGAGCUGGAUAGGUUUGUUACCAAUUAUAAGAAGAGUCUAAGCAAGAACAAGAGGAAGGCGGAGCUUGCUGAGCUUGCACUUCAGUCAAGGUCGGACAAUCAGCAACAUGAAGGGCAAGAAAUGGUACAGGAAAGGAAUUCUGAUGCUGUAGUUGCAGAAGUGCCAACAGAGAGCAGGACAGUGGUUGAUGAAAAGCACGCGGCUUCCUCUCCACUACAAGCAGGUGAAAAGAAGGGAGAUAAUGCAAGUAGGUCAAGUAGUUCGAGCAGCUCAAGUAGUGACUCUGGAUCUUCCUCUAGUGAUUCUGACAGUGAUAGUUCUUCUGCUGGAUCUGAUGCGGCUCAGUCACCGAGAACAUAGGAAAACUGGAUUCAGGUACUGUAUUCAAGAAUGAAAAUUUGCAGACGUGAUGUUUUUGACCUGAUGACUAUGUGAUGGUGGCUGAACUGGUAAAACCAGGUUUCCUGUUGGGACUAAUCUUUUUUUUUUUAAUUUUUUUGCUAUGACGUCUCUUUCAACAUUGGAGGAGGCUAUGACUGUUACCUUUGCUUCUGCUUGCUUGCGAACGCCAUUGAGGUGGCAGAACAUGGUGGAGUAACCCUUUGUCUUAAUUACACUCUUUUGUAUCAUCUCUGCAGAUAUUGUAUGUAUUGUAGGAAAUGUGAUUUGUUAUAGAUUCAGAUAGAUGCAGGAAUUUGUUGUCUCCUACUUGAUGUAUAAUAGCUGUUGUGUAUCGCCACUCACCAGUAUUUUUGGAUCAAGCAGCAUGGUUGUUUAAGUUGCAGGAUCCUUUCAGACAAGAAGCUUGCACUUUCUUAGCGUCGCUUCACCCUGUGGUCCUCCAGUAAGCCUUAAGUUGCAUUUAUUGCAUAUGGGUACUGGGAUUUGCUUUUUAGUCAUUUAGAUUAGAUUAGAUUAGAUUUAUCGGUUUUCUACCGCGUGACAAUACUAUUGUUGUUGAA